AUGAGGACUACUGGUGCAGUGGACUAUUUGUUCUAUUGCAUGCUCAUCCUGCAGCUCGUGCAUCAGCCGGCUGCCAAGCAGGUGCUCCGGUACCGGUUGGCUGAGGAGGGACCGGCCGAUGUGAGAGUCGGGAACGUCGCCGGCGACCUGGGCAUCGUUGCCCAGUCCGGCGAGGUGACAUUCACGCUAGAGUCAGGCUCAGAUUUUUUCAAAAUAGACAACAUAACAGGUGAGCUCACCACCAAUGAGAGGCGCAUAGACCGUGAAAAAUUACAGCAGUGCCAAAUGAUAUUUGAUGAAAACGAGUGUUUUAUAGAUUUCGAAGUGUCAGUGAUUGGACCAGCACAAAGCUGGGUCGACCUCUUUGAGGGAAAAGUCAUCAUAUUAGAUAUCAAUGAUAACACCCCGUCUUUCCCAUCCCCUGUCCUGACACUGUCUGUGGAGGAGAACAGACCCAUUGGAACCCUUUAUCUGCUGCCCACAGCCACAGACAGAGAUUUUGGCAGAAAUGGAAUAGAGCGAUACGAGCUUAUCCAGGACAAUGGGGAGAACUCAAGGCGCUUGGGCUCUUCUGGGGAUUCAUUCUCGGGGAAGAGGAGAUUUGAUGAAGGCGCGAGCCGGAGCAGCGUCUUUGAACUGCAAGUUGCUGACACUACCGAUGGAGAGAAGCAGCCUCAGCUCAUCAUUAAAGGGGCCCUUGAUAGGGAACAGAGAGACUCCUAUGAGCUCACACUGCGCGUACGAGACGGAGGAGAUCCCCCUCGCUCCUCUCAAGCCAUUCUGAGGGUGAUGAUCACUGAUGUGAAUGACAACAGCCCUCGGUUUGAGAAGAGCGUGUAUGAGGCCGACCUACCGGAAAACAGCUCCCCUGGUGCCCCCAUACUGCAGCUCAAAGCGGCUGACGCAGACGUGGGGGUUAAUGGUCAAAUAGAGUACGUGUUCGGGGCAGCCACAGAGUCAGUGAGGCGGCUGCUGAGGCUGGACGAGAGCACGGGGUGGCUGAGUGUGUUGCACCGCAUUGACCGUGAAGAAGUGAGCCAACUGAGGUUCACAGUAAUGGCCCGUGACCGAGGCCAGCCCCCCAAAAUGGACAAGGCCACUGUGGUGUUGAACAUCAAGGACGAGAACGACAACGUCCCCACUAUAGAGAUACGGAAAAUUGGACGCAUUUUCUUAAAGGAUGGCAUAGCCAACGUGGCUGAGGAUGUGGUGGUGGACACACCCAUUGCCUUAGUUCAGGUGUCCGACCGUGACCAGGGGGAGAACGGCAUCGUCACAUGCACAGUGGUCGGGGAUGUUCCCUUUCAGCUCAAGCCAGCCAGCGAGAUGGAGGGAGAGCAGAAUAAAAAGAAAUAUUUCCUCCACACGUCUGCCACGCUGGACUACGAGGCCACACAGGAAUACAAUGUGGUCAUAGUGGCUGUGGACUCGGGAAGCCCUAGUCUGGCAAGUAAUAACUCUCUUAUCGUCAAAGUGGGCGACACUAACGACAACCCUCCUAUCUUCAGCCAGAAUGUAGUAGAGGUGUCGUUUCCAGAAAACAAUGCCCCUGGCGAGAGGGUGACAACAGUGGCAGCCAUUGACGCAGAUAGUGGGAAGAAUGCUGAAAUAGCCUAUUCCCUAGACUCAUCAGUAAAUGGGAUUUUCUCUAUCGAUGCAGACAGUGGAGACAUCCGGGUAAACAUCAUUCUGGAUAGAGAGCAAACAGAGCGCUACGAAUUCAAAGUGAUAGCAAAAGAUAAGGGCAUAAACACUCUGCAGGGCUCCGCAACCGUGGUCGUCCUUGUGGCGGACAAGAAUGACAACGAACCAAAGUUCAUGCAGGAUGUGUUCACCUUCUACGUCAAAGAGAACCUUGAGCCAAACAGCCCCGUUGGCAUGGUCACAGUCAUUGAUGCAGAUAAAGGCCAAAAUGCAGAGAUGAGUCUUUUCAUCGAGGAGGAUGGAGACGUUUUUUCCAUUGAGAAUGACACUGGGACUAUUUUCUCCACCCUGUCCUUUGACAGAGAACAGAAAACUACAUACACGUUCCGUGUCAAGGCCGUGGACGGCGGUGAUCCUCAAAGAACCGCCACCGCUACAGUUUCACUCUUAAUCAUGGACGAAAAUGACAACGCACCCACUGUCACUUUCCCAAUAAACAGCUCCUACACCCUCCUCCCUCCCUCCAGUAACAUCAGAACAGUAGUCAGAACUGUCAUAGCCACUGAUAGCGACCACGGCGUCCAUGCCGAGUUGAACUACAGCAUCAUCGGGGGAAACCCCUUCAAGCUGUUUGAGAUUGAUGGGGGCACUGGGGUCAUUUCGCUGGUGGCAAAGUUGGAGCUGAAGCACUAUGGCCUCCACAGGCUGGUGGUCCAGGUGAACGACAAGGGCACGCCUUCACAGAGCACCACCACACUAGUUCACGUGUUCGUUAACGAGACACUUUCCAAUUCUACAAUUGUGGACGCCCAGGUGGCUAAGAGCCUGAGCACGUCCCUCAACACCAACAUUGCCGGUGACCCCAACUACGAUCUGAGCAAACAGCGGCUAAGCAUUGUAAUUGGAGUAGUUUCGGGCAUCAUGACCGUUAUCCUCAUUAUUCUGGUUGUCGUCAUGGCCCGUUACUGCCGCCCCAAGAACAAGAAUGGCUACGAGGCCGGUAAGAAGGAUCACGAAGACUUCUUCACGCCACAGCAGCACGACAAGUCCAAGAAGCCCAAAAAGGACAAGAAGAAACAGAAGUCCAAACAGCCGCUCUAUAGCAGCAUCGUCACCGUAGAGGCCUCCAAACCCAACGGGCAACGCUACGAUGGGGUCAACGAGAAGCUGUCGGACAGUCCUGGCAUGGGUCGCUACCGCUCGGUCAACGGAGGGCCGGGGAGCCCAGAUCUGGCGCGGCACUACAAGUCCAGUUCACCGCUCCCCACCGUCCAGCUUCACCCGCAGUCACCGACAGCUGGGAAAAAGCACCAGGCAGUUCAGGACCUGCCCCCUGCCAACACCUUUGUUGGCACCGGAGAUAACAUUUCCCUUGGAUCUGACCACUGCUCUGAAUACAGCAGUCAAACUAUCAACAAGUACAACAAACAGCCGUUUCGCCGAGUGACCUUCUCGGUGGUGAGCCAGCCCCAGGACCCUCAUCAGCAGGGAUCGCUGCAGAGCUGCUACGACAGCGGCCUGGACGAGUCGGAGACGCCCAGCAGCAAGAGUUCGUCGGGCCCCCGGCUGGGCGCCCUCCCCCUGCCCGAGGACAGCUACGAGAGGACAACGCCGGAUGGCAGUGUCGGUGAGGCAGAGCACAUGGAAAAUGACUCUCGGCCCUUGCCUGACGUAGCCAUGACUGGCAAGUGCACCCGGGAAUGCGACGAGUACGGCCACUCGGACUCCUGCUGGAUGCCUGUGCGCACGUCGCCUGAGCGACGGCCAUCCAAGUCCACCACCACCCCUCAACAACCAAAGCUUUCCACUUUCAUGAGCGGCAACGGCAGCAGCGGCAGCAGCAGCAGCAGCAGCAGCGCCGAGCCCGGCAGCCAAGAGACCCUCGCCAUGGCCGCCAUGGCCAACGGAGACCCUACGGCCGCUCACAUGAUGGGCGACCGCAAUCGCAACCUGCUCAACAAGAAGAUGGCUUCCUCCUCCUCCUCCUACGAGGCUUUCGGCUCGCCUUCCUACGGCUCGCCGGGAGGCGUUGAGGAGACUCUGCACCACCCCACUGAGGAGAUCCCUCUGGCACCUACCGGGGAGUACAAGCCUACGUCCUGCGGUACUCUGACACGACGGGAGGUGUACCUAAUACUGCUCUGGCCGUGA